CUGGGGCCCAGUCCCGGAAAGCCCCGGUUCGGCCGGCCUGAGCUGCGGCCCGGGGCCCAUUGUCCGGCGGUCCGUCUGUCCGUAGGCGGGGCCCAAGGACCCGGAGAGCCGCGGAGCGCGGAGGCGCCGGAUACAAAUCACUGGGAUUCAGGCAAAUUAACUUUGCUCCGUGGGAACUGCACCAGAGCUGGAGGUCUGAAAAAGAACUGUGUUUGAUAUGCAGAUAUGAUAGAAGACUGCCUGAAAGCUGCUUCCUUUACCACUUCCUGUGGAGGCCUGUCUUUGCCAUUUGCGGUUUCUUUCUUCUUUUGGUAAGGGAAGGCAGGAUCUGAUUACAGGUCUGAGGUCCUUUCUAGCUACAGAGAGGAGUUAGUUGGCGUAACAGGAGAGCCUAAGAGUUUUGAGAUGUUUCCUGUCCCACAAGGAUAUGAUGCCUUUGUCACCUCCGGGAGAGAUAACUUCUUGAAAAAAACAUCUGGAGGCUCCCAUUGGUGCAGAUUGCAGGGCUUGAUUUCAGAGGGCAUGUGACAUGUUAGCACCUUGCAAGGAGAUAGUAACAUCCAGUCCUGAAACUGGGAAAGACCAGAUCUCUUGGAUCAGAGAAACAUGUCCCGUCGGAAACAGACAAAUCCAAAUAAAGUUCACUGGGAUCAAGUAUUUGCUGGGCUAGAAGAGCAAGCCCGCCAGGCGAUGAUGAAAACUGAUUUUCCUGGAGACCUUGGCAGUCAGCGACAAGCUAUCCAACAACUAAGAGAUCAGGACUCCAGUAGCAGUGACAGUGAGGGUGAUGAAGAGGAGACCACACAAGAUGAAGUUUCUUCCCACACAUCAGAGGAAGAUGGAGGGGUGGUCAAAGUGGAAAAAGAGUUAGAAAAUGCAGAACAGCCUGUUGGUGGGAACAAAGUGGUAGAGCAUGAGGUCACAGAGAAUUUGAAUUCUGACCCCUUACUUGGGCUCUGCCAGUGUCCCCUCUGCCAGCUAGACUGUGGGAGUCGGGAGCAGCUGAUUGCGCACGUAUACCAGCACACUGCAGCAGUGGUCAGCGCCAAGAGCUAUAUGUGUCCUGUCUGUGGCCGGGCCCUUAGCUCCCCAGGGUCAUUGGGUCGCCACCUCUUAAUCCACUCGGAGGACCAGCGGUCUAACUGUGCUGUGUGUGGAGCCCGCUUCACCAGCCAUGCCACAUUUAACAGCGAGAAGCUUCCCGAAGUCCUUAAUAUGGAAUCCCUGCCCCCAGCCCACAGUGAGGGCCCCUCCAGUGCCGAGGGGAAGGACAUUGCCUUUAGUCCUCCAGUGUACCCUGCUGGAAUUCUGCUUGUGUGCAACAACUGUGCUGCCUACCGGAAGCUGCUAGAGGCCCAGACCCCCAGUGUACGCAAGUGGGCCCUGCGUCGACAGAACGAGCCUUUGGAAGUCCGGCUGCAGCGGCUGGAACGAGAGCGCACAGCGAAGAAGAGUCGGCGGGACAAUGAGACCCCCGAGGAGCGGGAGGUAAGGCGCAUGAGGGACCGGGAAGCCAAGCGCCUACAGCGCAUGCAGGAGACGGACGAGCAGCGGGCACGCCGGCUGCAGCGAGAUCGGGAGGCCAUGAGACUGAAGCGCGCCAAUGAAACCCCGGAGAAGCGGCAGGCCCGGCUCAUCCGGGAGCGGGAGGCCAAGCGGCUCAAGAGGAGGCUGGAGAAAAUGGACAUGAUGUUGCGAGCUCAGUUUGGCCAGGACCCUUCUGCCAUGGCAGCCUUAGCAGCUGAGAUGAACUUUUUCCAGCUACCUGUGAGUGGGGUGGAGUUGGACAGCCAGCUUCUGGGAAAGAUGGCCUUUGAAGAGCAAAACAAUAGCUCUCUGCACUGAACCGUACCCUCCUGCCUGCCUCCCCAGCCACCCCAGCCCACAGGGAUUCAUGCUCCAGCCUCCCACAGGGCUCUGUCUUUGCUGCCGGAGGCCGGCUUGAGUGUGUUGCAGGUGGACCUGUGUACCCCUUGCAUGUGGGAGCAGGAUGAUGGGGUCAGGAGGGACCUGGCUCAAGGCAGCUAUGGGCGAGGGAGCAGGCACUCCAGAGAGACGGACUCCCCGCCCUCUGCUGCAGGGCAUGCACAUAGGACUGGAGCCCCCUCCGCAGCCUCCCAGUCGAGGGCAAAUAAAUUAAUUUUAUCUUUU